UGGAGGAAAGAGUGGCUCAUAAUGGAAGGAUACCUAUUAUCAUUGAUGAACAAUCUGGUGUACUUCUAGGAGAACAUCGAUCUGAUUUGGCCGGUGAAUGUCAUACGAUUAUUCAUGCUUUCGCUCCUUUGGGAUACAAGUCAUGGGAAACAAUCCCUGCACAAGAUAGGGACAUAUUAAUUGAACAGCUAAAGGAUAAUUUCAUACUAAACACCACAAGUCCAUCUGUUAGGAGAUUUCUGAAUUAUCGUAUGUCAAAAGGUUAUACCAACUUUAAGUGUGAAAUGCUGAUGCAUUUUAGAAAUUAUGUAAGUAUUGAAGAAGCGCGGGGUAAUCCUUUUGGAAACAUCUCACCAGCAAAUUGGUCUAGUUUGUGUGACCUCUUUGUUUUGGAGAGAAUUAAGAAGUGUCCUGAUUGUCAUGAGAAUUUUGAGGCUGUAAGGCCAUACAUUUUCAGGUUGAAGGGACGACAAAGUCUUCAAGGGCAUCCGUUGCCAGUUUCACAGGACGAAAAAAAUCAAUCUACACAUACAGAAGAUGGAAAAAUUAAUGAAGCCAACACAGGUUUUAGGCACAACGCACUCGGUUAAAUAUUGGUUCUUGAUCCAGCUGAUUCCCCAACCAUUUAAGAUCCAAAAGCUGCUUAGUGCUUAGUUUUGAUGUUACUCCUUUUUUUUAGUUAAAGUUAAAUGAGUAUUAGUUUUCUUCAGUAUUUUAGAAGUGUUCUUCAGAAUAGU